ACCCUUUUUUCACUGCAUUCUUUACCGCUCCGGUGCGUGACUUCUCCUGCUCCGAUCCAAAUCACAUACAGGCACAAACAUCGAGGCCAGAAGUGGGGAAAACAAUAUAACUCCGAUGAACUGUAAAUCGAUAGCGUGUAUCUGGUCCGACUGUCCACCGCCGCACAACGUCACUGCCGCCGCCGUACUUGAUUCUCCGGCCACUCUCUACACCGGCGGUUCCGAUGGCACUAUUGUCUGCUGGAACAUCUCCACUACUGUUUCCAACACUGGCGUAAUACCAAUUGCGAUGUUGUGUGGUCAUGCUGCACCGAUAGUCGAUCUUGAUAUAUGUUUUCCUGCCAGUAUUCCUGGAGAAGAGAAAACAGGAGAUUUAAGUAAUGUGGCGCAGAACUCUAAAUCAGUUAACUAUGGUGCACUUUUUAGUGCUUGUUCUGAUGGUGUAUUGUGUGUUUGGAGCAGAGGCAGCAGCCACUGUAGGCGCAGAAGGAAAUUGCCACCUUGGAUGGGGAGUCCAUCUAUGGUCCAAGCAUUACCUGAAAAUCGGAGAUAUGUAUGCAUUGCUUGUUCUUUCACUGAUUCAGGCCAUCUAUCUGAACAACACUUGCACGAAUCUGCUGAAGUGGGGGAGGCAUUAAUUGACAAGGGAAUGCAAUCUGGAAAGCCUCCUAAGUGCAGCAUUGUUAUUGUUGAUUCUUAUAGUCUUACCAUUGUACAAACCGUUUUUCAUGGUAAUUUGUCCAUUGGGUCUUUAAAGUUCAUGUCUGUAAUCUUGCCUGUUGGGGAUAUUGAGACACAAUCUGUGAUGAUGAUAGACUCAGAAGGUAAAACUGAAUUUUUAUCUCUGCUGAAAGACUCUGACCUGAAUGGGGAGAACCCAACUAUCUUGCAAAGAAAUUCCCUUGGCACGGAGUUAGGAGACUUAGUAAAUGAGUCAAAUGAGGGGGGUCUGGUGAUAUCAUUUGCUACUGUUCGACAGGUUGUAGCCCUUGUAUAUAAGACCUAUUGCGUAUUUAGGUUAGUGAAUGGUACAAUAGUUGGAAAGGUUUCAUUUUUAGAUAGUCAACUUUGUGUUGGAGGUAGUGGCAAUCUCUCACAUGUCAUAGGAUGUAUGUUCCUAGAACAUGAUGAGGCAGGGGCAAAAGCUUAUUCUGAAGAUUCUGAGAACAUAUUUGUAGAAACUUUUGCUGUUUGGAAUAAUAGAGGCUGUGCUAUUCUGUAUGAUGUAUCAUACUUGAGUAAUAUUUUCAAGUUUGAGCCUGUUUCUUUGAUCCCUGCUGUUUCACAUCAAGCGGACAUGACAUUAAAACUUAGUUAUCUUCAGCUCCACAGCUAUCUGCUUCGUAUCGAAUCAGUUUGCUGUCAAAUGGAAGAACCUUUGCCUUGGACACCACAUGUCACUGUGUGGUUGUUGCCGCAGAAGCGUGAUAAAAGGGGGAAUUGUUGCGAGUGUGAAAUGAUUGGGAGAGGCAGUUUUCUUGAAAGUUGGGUUAUUAGUUCCAGUUCAUCACAUAGAACUGUCGGUCUGAAAAAUGAUAGUGGUAUGAAUGGCAUUGGUCAGGAAACAAUUUUAACCUCUUUAAAUACAUGUAAUCCAUGCCCCAUUACUGCAGAUGUUGUACCUUUAAGUGAUGGAAGUUAUUGCCAUUACCCAGAAAAAAGCCUUGUAUCUUCUUCGAUAGUUAUAUCUGAAAACUGUCAUGCACCUUAUGCCAUUGUCUAUGGCUUUUACAAUGGAGAGAUAGAAGUUCUGCAGUUUGAUGAGUUCUUUGGAGGGCUGGAUGCUUAUGGGAGUCCUAGGAAUAAAUCAUAUUUACAUGGCUCUAAACAGUAUCUCUCAGGGCACACAGGUGCCAUACUAUGCUUGGCUGCACAUAGAAUGACUAGUAUAUCAGAUAGAUUGAAUUAUAGUCAUGUACUAAUGUCAGGAAGCAUGGACUGCACAGUUCAUAUAUGGGAUCUAGACUCGAGCAAUCUCAUUAUUGUGAUGCACCAACAUGUAGCUCCAGUAUGCCAAAUUAUUUUACCCCCACCACUAACUGACCGUCCUUGGAUAGACUGCUUCCUUUCUAUAGGAGAAGACUCUUGUGUUGCUCUUGCUUCGCUGGAGACCUUGCGCGUGGAGAGAAUGUUUCCUGGAAACCAACCCUGCCCCUCUAAUGUGUUAUGGGAUACUAUGAAAGGCUAUGUAGCAUGUCUCUGCUUGAGCCAUAGAAGACCAGCUGAUGGGAUUGACAGCCUUUACGUUUGGGAUAUGAAAACAGGUGCUCGUGAGCGAGUUCUUCGCGGGACUGCUGCUCUUUCGAUGUUUGAUCAUUUCUGUAGCAGCACAGAUGUAAAUUCUCUUUCUUUUGCUGCAAUAAAUUCGUGUACCCCGGCUUCCUCGUCGCACUAUCCACUGGCUGCAGUUGCACCUUUUUCGCAAUCCCACUUGAAAAACUCUAGAAAGGGGGUACCCUCCUCUCAGUUCUCCCCUGCUAAUAUGAAGAUGGAUGAACCUAGGACUUCCCAGAUACAUGCUAGCAAAAGAGAUGUUGCAAAUAUCUAUUCAUCUAGAGUUUUAACCGACCAAAGCAAAAAAACAGCAGUUAAGUGUUCUUGCCCGUUUCCUGGAAUUGCAACGUUAGGUUUUGACCUUGGCAUGUUGAUGUCUCUUAGUCACAUAUCCGAGUCCUCUGAAGCUGCAAGUGAUAUUAGUGAGAAACGACGUGUAGAGAAUAUAGGGGCUGACAUGCCGAAUGAUGUUGACAAGAGAGGCGAAUACAUACUCAAAAAGCAGGAAGCUGAAGUACAGAGUACCCAGGACUUGGCUGCUAGUGAUGAUUUCGGCAUUGAAGUUACCCCUCCUUUCACUUUGGGAAAUAACAGUUGGGAAAGUACAUUUGAAAAAUAUCUUCUUGGAUUUAGCUUAUCUUUUCUGCACUUGUGGGAUGUGGAUUGUGAGCUAGAUAAGCUGCUAGUGACAGAGAUGAAACUUAAGAGACCAGAUGGUUUCCUUGUCGGUUCAGGUUUGCUGGGGGACAGAGGGUCUCUUACAUUAACAUUUCCUGCCCACAAUGCCACACUUGAGCUUUGGAAGUCAUCAUCGGAGUUCUGUGCUGUCAGAUCUGUAACUAUGGUUUCCCUCGCUCAGCACAUGGUUAGCUUGUCCCCUUCAUGUUCAACAGCAAGCAGUGUUUUAGCUGCAUUCUAUACACGCAACUUUGCGGAGAAAAUUCCUGAUAUAAAGCCUCCUUUGCUCCAGCUUUUGGUUAGUUUAUGGCAACAUAAAAGCGAACAUGUUCGUAUGGCUGCACGCUCUCUUUUCCAUUGCUCUGCUUCACGGGGAAUUCCUCUACCUUUGUGUAGGGAGAAAUCAAAUACUUUUGCAACACUUGUGAGAUUGGAGAAUGAUAAAGUGAAUAGUGGAACUAAGUACUCCACUACAGAUGAACGAUCAACACACAAUCUAGGAUUUGAUGGACAGCCUGGAGAAGAGGUUUCUCCGGCCAAAGAAUCGGAAAUACUUGCUUGGAUAGAAACAUUUGAAGAGCAAGACUGGAUCUCUUGUGUUGAAGGAACAAGCCAAGAUGCAAUGACAUCUCAUAUUAUUGUUGCAGCGGCUUUGGCUUGUUGGUAUCCUAGUCUUGUCAAGCCAAAUCUUGCUAUGUUAGCUGUUCAUCCUUUAAUGAAAUUAGUAAUGGCAAUGAAUGAAAAAUAUAGUUCCACUGCAGCAGAGAUUCUGGCAGAAGGCAUGGAGAAUACAUGGAAGGCCUGCAUUGCCUCUGAAAUACCUUGUUUGAUUGGUGAUAUAUAUGAUCAGAUAGAGUAUUUGAGUGGGACAUCUUCCAACUCAAGGCCACAUAAUCCAUCCCCUUCCCUUAACAUUCGGGAAACUUUGAUUGGGGUCCUACUUCCAAGUCUUGCAAUGGCUGAUGUACAAGGAUUUUUGCAAGUGGUAGAACGUCAGAUCUGGUCUACUGCAUCUGAUUCACCUAUUCAUGUAGUAUCUCUUGUAGUUCUCACUCGGAUUGUGCGUGGUUCUCCAAGAAACUUGGCUCAAUACCUUGACAAGGUGAUAAAUUUUGUUUUAAUGACUAUGGAUCCUGCAAACUCAGCAAUGCGAAAGAUAUGCCUUCAAACUUCACUGGUAACAUUAAAGGAAGUUGUACGUGUAUACCCCAUGGUAACCCUGAAUGACUUGUCAACUCGGCUGGCUGUUGGAGAUGCAUUUGGGGAACUUAACAAGGCUAGCAUUCGGGUAUAUGAUAUGAACAGUAUGGCAGCAAUAAAGAUCUUAGAUGCAAGCGGGCCUCCAGGACUUCCUAGUUUACUUGGGGGAGAUUCAGAACUAUCAGUAGCUACUGCAAUUUCAGCUCUAAGCUUUUCACCGGAUGGAGAGGGGCUGGUAGCUUUUUCAGAGAAUGGUUUAAUGAUCCGGUGGUGGUCACUGGGAUCUGUAUGGUGGGAGAAACUUAGCCGAAAUCUUGCUCCUGUCCAGUACACUAAAUUAAUAUUUGUUCCCCCUUGGGAGGGUUUUUCACCUAAUUCCACUAGGUCAAGCAUAAUGGCAAGUGUACUUGGAAAUGGGCGACAUGCCGGCUCUCAGGAAAAUGCAAGGGCUUCAACUGAAACAGACAGGUUAAAGCUCUUGAUUCACAAUCUGGAUUUAUCAUAUCGUCUGCAAUGGGUUGGCGAAAGAAAAGUAUUACUUACCCAACAUGGCCGUGAUUUAGGCAGUUUCCAGUUAUAAGAUAAAAGUCCAAGUUACAGAAACUAUAGCUUGGAGAUAAUUUCUUUGCAUAUAUUAUGAAGAGUUUCAGAUGAGAACUCCAUUUGCACAGAUUUCUGGCCAUAUUUGCGCCACUUGUAACCAUCAUCAAGAAUGUCCUCGGAGCUCCGUGUAUGAAAUGCAACCCUUGGAGGAAUAGGUUUCUUGGUUUUACCUGUACCUUUCCUUUUGUUUAUGCAGUUAUUCUGACAGUCUCCUCCUCCACUGCUAAUAUUUGGAGUGUUAUCCAUAGAAGAUAGUACUGGCGCACAGGUUGAUGGCGGCAUUUGGUUGCAAUCUUCCAUGGGCUUACUAUUGAUCAUAGCGCUCAUCCAGUCUAUAUUCUCCAUAGCAAAUUGAGAGUUUUGUGUUACAAGUGAACCAUUAGUUGGGUAAUAUGGGUUUUGCGACAUUGAUGGGAAUAUUAGCGAGGAAUUAAGAAAGUGUGGAAAGAUAUCGUCAUUAUUAUCAUCGGCAAUAACAUUUUCGGUCAGAAACGGAGGUGGCGGUGGAGGUGGUGGUGGUAUUGAAUCUUCAUCCAUUAGAAUCCAGUAUUGAGUAUUGAUCAGCGAGAAUAGAUUGCUAAUCAGAUGAUGAGUGAUAAUGGAACUCUAUAUCAGAUGAAGGGAGCGAGUUCUGUAUGUGCAUCAAUCCUAAGCAAACAUUUGCCUUUGAUCUGACAUUCGAAAUAUAGAGAAUAUACAACCAUGUGAUAACAAGAGUAUGAUGUUUGAGCACUCGGGAAUAUAAAUAUGUUGAUGUCUAUACACAGAGUCAAGGGAGAGCAAGGUAGCUUCCCGUUUAAGGUGUAUAGCUAUGGGAAGGCCCUGGAACUAGCUUGUACCUUUGAUAAAAGCCAACUACAGUUUACCUACUUUCUGUUCAACUGCCCUAAUAGAAGAGAUACCUAGCUAACUAAGUAUACUUGUAAGUUGUAUGUUAUUACCCCUGCAUGCAUUUGAUACACAAAAUGAAAUUAUAUACUAUUAUCUCUUGAUGUA